CCCUAAGGCCUCCCAUCACUAAAAAAGACUGUGACGCAUUAAAAAAUCGUCUAUUAAAAGUCGUCAGUUAACUCGAAACCCUCAAAAGUAAAUCAUGGGAAAAAAAGAUAGUGAGUUGUCCCACCUGCAGGACCAUACAGCUAUUCAAAUAUAUGCACUUUCCAAUUACCACCCCAGAGAACAAGAAAGGAGGACAGGAUAGCGCUGCAGCACCACAGCCCCAGCAGCAGCAAAAGCAACAACAACAACGGCAGCAACAACCACAGCAGCUGCAACAACCACAGCAGCUGCAACAACCACAGCAGCUGCAACAACCACAGCAGCAGCAACAACAACAACCGCAUCAGCAACAACAACAAAGUUCGAGACAACAGCCAUCCACAAGCUCAGGCGGAUCCCGUGCAUCUGGGUUCCAGCAAGGAGGCCAACAGCAAAAAUCCCAAGACGCAGAAGGAUGGACUGCACAGAAAAAACAAGGCAAACAGCAGGUACAAGGGUGGACUAAACAAGGUCAACAAGGUGGCCAUCAGCAAGGACGACAAGGGCAAGACGGUGGCUACCAACAGCGUCCGCCUGGACAACAACAAGGUGGCCAUCAGCAAGGACGACAAGGGCAAGAAGGUGGCUACCAACAGCGUCCGCCUGGACAACAACAAGGUGGCCAUCAGCAAGGACGACAAGGGCAAGAAGGUGGCUACCAACAGCGUCCGUCUGGACAACAACAAGGUGGCCAUCAGCAAGGACGACAAGGGCAAGAAGGUGGCUACCAACAGCGUCCGCCUGGACAACAACAAGGUGGCCAUCAGCAAGGACGACAAGGGCAAGAAGGUGGCUACCAACAGCGUCCGUCUGGACAACAACAAGGUGGCCAUCAGCAAGGACGACAAGGGCAAGAAGGUGGCUACCAACAGCGUCCGCCUGGACAACAACAAGGUGGCCAUCAGCAAGGACGACAAGGGCAAGAAGGUGGCUACCAACAGCGUCCGCCUGGACAACAACAAGGUGGCCAUGAGCAAGGACGACAAGGGCAAGAAGGUGGCUACCAACAGCGUCCGUCUGGACAACAACAAGGUGGCCAUCAGCAAGGACGACAAGGGCAAGAAGGUGGCUACCAACAGCGUCCGUCUGGACAACAACAAGGUGGCCAUCAGCAAGGACGACAAGGGCAAGAAGGUGGCUACCAACAGCGUCCGUCUGGACAACAACAAGGUGGCCAUCAGCAAGGACGACAAGGGCAAGAAGGUGGCUACCAACAGCGUCCGCCUGGACAACAACCAAACCAAACCCAGAGCCAAGGCCAAUACCAAUCUCGUGGACCACCUCAGCAACAGCAGGCUGCCCCAUUACCAUUACCGCCUCAGCCAGCCGGGAGCAUUAAGCGCGGAACAAUCGGCAAACCCGGGCAAGUAGGCAUCAACUAUCUGGACCUUGACCUGUCCAAAAUGCCUUCUGUGGCAUACCACUAUGACGUGAAGAUCAUGCCAGAGCGUCCCAAAAAGUUUUACAGACAGGCAUUUGAACAAUUUCGGGUGGACCAAUUGGGCGGAGCAGUUCUUGCCUAUGAUGGCAAAGCCUCUUGCUACUCGGUGGAUAAGCUGCCGUUAAAUAGCCAAAAUCCGGAAGUGACUGUGACAGAUCGUAAUGGUCGUACUUUGCGCUACACGAUCGAAAUCAAGGAGACUGGUGACUCGACCAUUGACCUUAAAUCGUUAACUACUUAUAUGAAUGACCGAAUUUUCGACAAGCCCAUGCGAGCAAUGCAGUGCGUGGAGGUUGUUUUGGCUUCACCCUGCCACAACAAAGCCAUCCGUGUCGGUCGUUCCUUCUUUAAGAUGUCCGAUCCUAAUAAUCGUCACGAACUGGAUGAUGGAUACGAGGCCCUGGUCGGUCUGUAUCAGGCAUUUAUGCUGGGCGAUAGGCCAUUUUUAAAUGUAGAUAUAUCGCACAAAUCCUUUCCGAUUUCAAUGCCGAUGAUCGAAUAUUUGGAGCGAUUUAGCUUAAAGGCUAAAAUCAACAAUACAACGAAUUUAGAUUAUUCGCGACGCUUCCUUGAGCCAUUCCUCAGAGGCAUUAAUGUGGUUUACACGCCUCCUCAGUCGUUUCAAAGCGCUCCAAGGGUAUACCGUGUAAAUGGUCUUUCUCGUGCCCCGGCCAGCAGUGAGACCUUCGAACACGAUGGGAAGAAGGUCACCAUUGCGUCCUACUUCCACAGUCGCAACUACCCAUUGAAGUUUCCCCAACUCCAUUGUCUGAACGUUGGAUCUUCAAUCAAGAGUAUUCUGCUGCCCAUCGAGCUAUGCAGCAUCGAGGAAGGUCAGGCCCUAAACCGCAAGGAUGGAGCAACUCAGGUGGCCAAUAUGAUAAAGUACGCAGCCACAUCGACGAACGUGCGAAAGCGCAAGAUUAUGAACUUGCUGCAAUACUUCCAGCACAACCUGGAUCCGACCAUCAGUCGCUUUGGCAUCCGCAUUGCCAACGAUUUUAUUGUGGUAAGCACCCGCGUCCUAAGCCCACCUCAGGUUGAAUAUCAUAGUAAGAGGUUUACUAUGGUGAAGAACGGGUCGUGGCGCAUGGAUGGCAUGAAGUUUCUGGAGCCCAAGCCCAAGGCGCACAAGUGUGCGGUCUUGUAUUGCGAUCCGAGGAGUGGUCGCAAAAUGAACUAUACCCAGCUGAAUGACUUCGGGAACCUAAUAAUAUCCCAAGGCAAGGCAGUCAACAUAAGCUUGGAUUCUGAUGUGACAUACAGACCGUUCACGGAUGACGAACGCAGCCUAGACACUAUUUUCGCGGAUCUGAAGCGCAGCCAGCACGAUCUGGCAAUUGUGAUUAUUCCUCAGUUUAGAAUUUCUUACGAUACAAUUAAGCAGAAGGCCGAGCUGCAGCAUGGAAUUUUGACGCAAUGCAUUAAGCAGUUCACCGUGGAACGAAAGUGUAAUAAUCAGACGAUUGGAAAUAUUCUACUUAAGAUCAACUCCAAGCUGAACGGCAUCAACCACAAGAUCAAGGAUGAUCCUCGUCUGCCGAUGAUGAAGAACACCAUGUACAUUGGAGCCGAUGUGACCCAUCCCUCUCCCGAUCAGCGCGAGAUUCCCAGUGUGGUCGGAGUAGCAGCCUCACACGAUCCCUACGGAGCCAGUUAUAACAUGCAAUAUCGUUUGCAGCGAGGGGCUCUGGAGGAGAUUGAGGACAUGUUCUCGAUUACUUUGGAGCACUUGCGCGUGUAUAAAGAGUACCGUAACGCCUAUCCUGAUCAUAUCAUCUACUACCGAGAUGGCGUGAGCGACGGCCAGUUUCCGAAAAUCAAAAACGAGGAACUGAGGUGUAUUAAACAAGCCUGUGACAAGGUGGGCUGUAAACCCAAGAUUUGCUGCGUGAUUGUGGUGAAGCGUCAUCACACUCGCUUCUUUCCCAGCGGCGACGUAACGACAUCGAACAAGUUCAACAACGUGGACCCCGGAACCGUGGUCGAUCGCACCAUUGUGCAUCCUAACGAGAUGCAGUUCUUCAUGGUCAGCCACCAGGCCAUCCAGGGCACGGCCAAGCCAACACGAUACAAUGUGAUUGAGAACACAGGCAAUCUUGACAUCGACUUGUUGCAGCAGUUGACCUACAACCUGUGCCACAUGUUCCCUCGUUGCAAUCGCUCGGUUUCUUAUCCGGCUCCGGCCUAUUUAGCCCAUUUGGUAGCUGCUCGUGGACGCGUUUAUCUGACUGGCACCAACAGGUUCCUGGAUUUGAAGAAGGAGUACGCAAAGCGAACGAUUGUCCCCGAAUUCAUGAAGAAAAACCCCAUGUACUUUGUCUGAGCAACGUAUUGAAUCUUAUUAUUUUUUAUCUUUUUUAUAUUAUCACAUUUCUUAAACCAUAUUACAAAUAUAAAUUAUGUAAAGGAGCAUCUCUAUUGAUUCCAUGAUGAGCUAUGAUUUUAAAAGCCGCCUUGAGAUGGUCCGCCAAAUAUUGUUCUACUUUACAUUUUUAUCAAUUUGUUUGUGGCAUUUUAGGACAUCAAUAUGGUUGGAAAGCUUAUAAUGGAGUUAAUAGAGCGCUCCUUUCUUUUAGGAAUAUUAAUCAACAUUAUAUAAUAAUAAAAUUAAAAGCUCAUCUUAUGGGUUGAAUC